CCUAUCCUUCCCUACCUUGGAGGGGGGGAGAUGAGGGAGGGAACCAAACAAACUCUUUGUAAAAAAUAUGUCAAACAAAACAAAUUCUUGAAUUGUCCAUAUCUAAAAAUAUCUAUGCUUCAAUCUGCACACUCUGGCCAUCACCUCUCUGUCAUGGAUGUCAUGAGUCCUUGUAAGCUCUUCAUUAUUGUUGAUCUUUACAAUUUUGUUAUUGUAUAAAUUGUUCUCUUAGCUCUAUUUCCUUGAUUCUGCAUCAGUUCAUACAAUUGAGAAACAAUACCUUAAAAAGUAAUAAUUUGGAAAGUAAAAAAGAAGAGGCAAUUGAAAAGGAAACCAAAGAUUUCUAGGCAUUAAAGGAACAACUAACUUAGAAAUGGAAAUGAGGCCCAAGGAGAAAGAUGUCUGAAGGCAAAAGAAGGUAGGGGAGAAGAGUGAGUGCUGGAAAAUUUAAAAAAAAAAAAAAAAAGGGCUGAGGAAGGACAAGGAGUAGUUCUGAGGGACAAGAAAAAAGGAAGAUGAGCAAAGCAGAUGACUAUAAUUAGGUGCUUCUGCUGAAUAAUCUGCUUGGCCACAAAAGGGGGAAUUAGGUUUUCCUAUUUCCUUGUUUUGAGUCAUUCUAAAUCUAUUCCAGGUUCUUAUUUUGUUUCAUGCAGGGUAAAAUUUAUACUCAUAGCUACAAGGCUAAGCACAUGGAUCCCUGAAAAAGGGUAGGAAUGUGGAAUAAAGAUAGUUCUUGAGAAAAAGCAGGGACUUUGGGAAGGUGUUUUUAUUCUGGGGAAAGAGUUGAGAGAUGAUGUAUUAGUAUAGUGUCCCAGCUGUGACCUUUGCAUUUAAAGGGCAUAUGACAUUCUUUCCUCCUCCAAUUCUAACCCCUCUUAAAAUCCAGGCGUCACAUAUAUAUUUCUGCUUCACUGCCUCUGUAAUUAGAUUGCUUCCUUAACAUGAUUUGUUACCUGACUGAGGUAAGACAACAAAAAUGGAGACCUCAGUAUGAAUCUUGAGGGGGAGGAGUAUGUAUUGACUUGGAAGCUAAGUGAGUAGGAGAAGCCAGGGACAAAGAAUUUAGGUGCCUAGAUUGCUGAAGGGGAAAUUCAGGAAAGCAGGCAACCUAGACAGCUGGGCCCUGAGACUGCAAACUUAACUUGAGUGGUUGUUGCACAGAAGAUAGAAACACCCUGACUUCUUCCCUCUCCCCUUCCCAAACAAGUCUGUCCAGUUAUGCCCUUAUACCUUUUCUGAUACCAGUUGAGUCAUUGGGAUUUUUCCUUCUCAGAGUUUGGGCUCCUCCUCUUUCUCCUCUAUAAAGUCAGUUCCUGGGCACUACAGACUCAAUCUGCCCUUCCUCUCGGGGCCCAGGAGGGAGAUUUUCAGAAUCAUGCUAAAUUGGAAGCUACUGGAAAUUCUGGUUCUUUGUCUCCUUUCAGGAGGCAUCAGAGGCAACAAUGACCAUCCUUUGCCACCAGCCUUGGAGGCUCAUGAAGAAAAUGGUGGGCCUACAUGGCCACAAGGUCCCCCAAUCCCUGGUGACCCCUGGCCAGGUAUACCUCCUGUAUUUGAAGAACCUCCAUCUAUAGACCCUAGUGAUACCUGGAGAGAUCUGGUUGAUAGUGAAGUCUGGCCCCCUGAACCCCCUACAAUAACUACUUCCCAACCUCCGCUGCCCGAUGACCCCUGGCCUGCUGGAUCCCAGCCUCCUGAAAAUCCAUGGCCUUUUGGCCGUGAGAUAGAUGCUGACUCUCAUGAGUCAGACCUUGAUCCACCCAGGGAGGAAUACAGAUAAUUGAGUGUUCUCAAUACUCCUCUCUCAUGCAUAUAAGACCUUGUUCACUUAACAUAUUUUCUCAUUCCUAUGGAUCAGUAAUUUUUCUGUUCCUCUUUUAUUUUUGUUCUUCUGAUAACACUAUCUUCCCAAAGAUUUACCUUUUCUCUCCAUCUUUACCUUAAUUCUUGUUGGUCACCCCCAGAGCAUCUUCUUAUCCCUGUUUUUCCUGUAUCAGUUCUUCCAGAAUCUCCACAACUAGGAUGACAUAGAGUUGUGUUUUCUGCCACCAUUUGGUGGCCAUCACAGGAAGUUGAAGAUGGAUAAUACCAGAAAUUCCAUUAAAUGGAAGAAUAAAAUCACCCUUAAUAAUC